AGGUCCUAGCAAUUGAAAUGAGAGGGAGGGGGAGAUGCUGUCAUCCGCUGUGGCUGAACCGACAAAAUUAGAAAGACCAUGAGUGUAUUUGGAAAAUCUGUUAUGCCGCUAAGCCAUUUGUAACUGCGGUCACUCGGAGACGUUCAUGAGGACGAUGGCGUCCCAGCAGUGCACGAUGCAAGCCGUGCACGAGUUCCUGUUGGAGAAAGGAGGGAGGGUCCGACAGAUGGAGCUGAUCGAUCAUUUCACAGCUCCUUGUGGCUGUAAUGACCAGCAGAAAGAAGGGGCGGGAUGGGAGCUGCUGAGGGGCAUUGUUGACAACGUGGGUUUCGUGGAAGUGGAAAACGGGGUGGAAUUUGUGUGCUUAAAUGGCGAGGGUUGCGAGGAGUCGGUGAUGCGUAAGGACGCAGACGGCCACGUUGAUGCGGAGUGCAACGGGAACAUACGAGAGACGCUGGACAACAAACAAGUGAACGACAACCCUGAUGAGGACGAAGAAUCAGCAGAAGCAUCAACCUCAACCUGUCUGGAUAAUGACCAUCAGUCAAAUGGCAAUGAGCAACCUGCAGCACAGGGUAGCACCGAAUCAGGUACUCCUACCACUGUUGGAGGAGGAGAGGUGAGGCUGAGGGACAGGAGGAGGCGAGAGUCUGCUCCGGCUAUUGGGACACACGACCUAGACCAGGCCCAUGCUGCUGGCUCCCACAACCAUGUGGUAAGAGGGACACGUCGGGUGUCUAAAGGAUCCCAGCGAGCCAUGCUGAUCAGCUGCCUGUCUGAAGACAGCGCACUGGAGGGGCUGGAGUCUGUGGGGGAAAUACAAACACCGAAAGGAAGCCGCAGGAACUUCAUAGAGCUGAUGAUGAGUAGCUCACCUCAUGUUCGGAGGUCUCUGAUCAACCGUGGCUCACGCAUCCGAGACUCUGUGCGGAGCGACGGCGACUCAUUGUCUGUCCUCUCCUCGGCCACAGACGAGGACAGCUCUUCUGUCACCCUGGACCCCCUUGAGCACGAAUGGAUGCUCUGCGCCUCAGAUGGCCUGUGGGAGAGCCUGCAACCCCUGUUGGCUGUCGAACCGAGUCUGGUUGCCAAAAGAGAUUUUGUGACCGGCUUCACCUGCCUCCACUGGGCCGCGAAGCACGGCAAGGCUGAGCUGCUUUCCCAGCUGCUGGACUUUGCCAAGGAGAACACUAUACCUGUAAAUGUGAACGCAAGAUCAAGUGCUGGCUACACACCGCUACACCUGGCUGCCAUACAUGGACACACACAGGUGGUUCGUGUGCUCCUUUCUGACUGGGAAGCGGACCCUGAAGCUCGGGAUUACAGUGGGAGACGAGCCAUCCAGUACCUCUCCCCGCUGCUGGCUGCUGACCUGGAAAGGGAGGGGUUGGUAACCUCACCUGGACCAGAGUCAGAUACCGAUAACGCGAAUGGUGGCAGCAGCAGAACGAGAGGCUGGAGGUUGCCGAAAGUCCUCCAGGGCAACCUGAAAUCACUACGACUGCUGACCUCACCGCCAGAGACGCCGGAGGAGUCAGAGAAGACCAAGGGGGGUUUGCAGAGGAAGUCGUCCCUGAGCCGGCUGAAUGCCCGGCUGCAUCGUGGACGCCACCGAGCCCAGAUCAUCCACAGUGCCUCCUUCAGGGACACUGGGGAGGUAGGAAGAGGAGAAGAGCUGCCCAGGAGUCCUCUGAGAGCCAGACCACUGUCCAACCUGUUUGGAUAAAGUUCUACCAGCAAUACAGACCGAGCUUCAUACAUUCAAGAUUUAUACUUACAUUUAAAAUCUGACGGGUCAGAUCUCAAAAUAAUAAGACAGAACAUUUUUUGUUUAUAUUGCAGAAAUUAACAGAAAUAGUAAUAAUACGUUGUCUUGAAUUACUUAAUUUAGUUCAUAAUGCAGUGGUUUCUGUUGAGCACUAUUGUAGCAGAGCACAGUACAUGUAGCGUUUUAUUGCACUUGGCAACACUUUAAUUAAAAACUGUUUUUGUUUUUCUCCUUUUUUAAAAGGGCUGUUUAGGACCAGCUGAGAAGCAUCACACAAGCCAACAUUUUACACUGAAAUUACUUUCCAGCAGAUCUAUCUCAAAACGACUCAAAAUGUAGAGAAAUAACAGUCGUUUGGAUUGACUCCACUAUAUUCUCUAAAACUAUAACUCUGUUUUCAAAGUAAUAUAUUUUUAGGGUGGAGUUUCUACAUUCCAACUCCAUUCUACAUUCCAACUCCAAUGGAUGGUGCUCAAGUUUUCUUGUACAGUUCUAUAAUGUUUUUAACGUAGCAGAUUUUAAUAUUCAACAUUUUACAGUCUCCUUGUUUGCACUUGUCACUUUGAAGUUAUUGGGGUUUUUUAGUGCAAGCUGAAAUAUCUGAAAUGUGUUUCAGGUUUUAAGUCUUAUCUUUAAAUUAAAAAGAUCAGACUCCAUCCCACCAUAGGCAUUAAAGUACACCUGAUUAUAUAACUUUUCCCAUUUAUGUUCACUUUAAAUUAAUUAUAGUAAUAAUAGUUUAUACCAAAUAAAAAAGCAAACAGAGAUUGACAUUCCUUUUCUUUUUGGCUAUUGCUGUAUGGUUUCAGUGUGGAAAUGCACAGAGCACAUAAUUUGUGUGUUUUUUUCUGACAAUUAUGUACCUCGCAUUCACUGAUUUUGGUUCCCUUUUUUAUUUUUUUGUGACUUUUUAGUUCUGUCUUAGUAGCUAUUUAAGUUUUUGGGUACAACAAAUGGUCGCCAUUAAGAGAGACUUUUUUUGGACCUUCAAUUCUUCAUAUGUUCUAAGUUUACAAUUUUGUUAUGUCACAUAUUUGCAGCUUCAUGUUCAAUCAAUUUUGCAGAAUGACUAUUUAGAUGAUUCUGGAUCUCAAGCAGAUAAGUGAUUCAUGGAAGAGGCUUUGUACUGAAACGGGGCUCUCAUUGUCUUCUAUUUGUUAUCAAUGCAACCUUGCAUUUACACAAUUGAUUAUUAUGUGUUUAUUUGCAGUAUAUUGAUGAGUAGCAUUGAGAAGACCUCCUGAUUGGUUUCCCAAGUAUGUGAACCCUAAUUGCUCAGUGACGCAACCCAGAUUUCUUGAAUGUUUUCUUUGUAUUUUGUAGCAUUUGUACUAAAAUCAUAGGACUCUGUGUUGUUGUUUUUUCAUUUAGAAGAGCAUAAAUUGGUUCUCGGCUGCAUGAAGUUUAAGUACUGCUCACUCCUUUUUCAAUUGUGAAUAGUUGUCAGUGUUGUGAUAUACUGUGAAGUUCUUCAGUGACGUGUGGUCAUUGUUAAAGAGCCACUCUGUCAUUCUUGUUGUGUUUGACUGGUAAAUGUGAAAUAAAGCAA